UUCUCCUCAGGGUGACGGUGAAGGCUGAGAGGUGGCAGGAGAAGUGAUCCCCCCAGGCUCACAAGACCACCUCUGAGUCAGAGGAAAAAGCACCUCACAAACCAUAGCCAUGAACGGCACAGAAGGACAAGACUUCUACGUGCCCAUGUCCAACAAGACAGGGGUGGUGCGGAGCCCCUUCGAGUACCCCCAGUACUACCUGGCUGACCCCUGGAAGUUCUCAGCACUGGCUGCCUACAUGUUCAUGCUGAUCCUGCUUGGCUUCCCCAUCAACUUCCUCACACUCUACGUCACCAUCCAGCACAAGAAGCUCCGGACGCCUCUGAACUACAUCCUACUGAACCUGGCGGUCGCCAACCUCUUCAUGGUCCUCGGAGGCUUCACAACCACCAUGUACACCUCGAUGAAUGGGUACUUUGUCUUUGGAGUAACAGGAUGCUACAUCGAGGGGUUCUUUGCUACACUGGGUGGUGAAAUUGCUCUCUGGUCGCUGGUUGUCCUGGCUAUUGAAAGAUACGUAGUGGUCUGCAAGCCCAUGAGCAACUUCCGCUUUGGGGAGCCCCACGCCAUCAUGGGUGUUGCCUUCUCCUGGGCCAUGGCCUUGGCCUGUGCGGCCCCCCCGCUCUUUGGCUGGUCCAGGUACAUUCCCGAGGGCAUGCAGUGCUCGUGUGGGAUUGACUACUACACUCUGAAGCCAGAGGUCAACAAUGAGUCUUUUGUCAUCUACAUGUUUGUGGUUCACUUCAUGAUCCCACUGACUGUCAUUUUCUUCUGCUAUGGGAACCUGGUCUGCACUGUCAAGGAGGCUGCUGCUCAACAGCAAGAGUCUGCCACCACCCAGAAGGCAGAGAAAGAAGUGACCCGCAUGGUCAUCAUCAUGGUCAUUGCCUUCCUGAUCUGCUGGGUGCCCUAUGCCAGUGUUGCUUUCUACAUCUUCACCAACCAGGGGUCAGACUUUGGGCCCAUCUUCAUGACCAUCCCUGCAUUCUUUGCCAAGAGCUCUGCUAUCUACAACCCUGUGAUUUACAUCGUCAUGAACAAACAGUUCCGUAACUGCAUGAUCACGACCCUCUGCUGUGGCAAGAACCCACUGGGUGAUGAGGACACAUCUGCUGGCAAGACAGAGAGCUCCUCCGUCUCCACCAGCCAGGUCUCUCCCGCGUAGGCCACCGGAGCAG